UCCAUGUUUCCAACAGUCCAGUGCAGGACAGGGAACAGAAGCAGAGACGCUAUAGGGCUGAUAUUGUCAAAUUCAAAAGGAAAAGUGGGUGUCAAGGGAUCGGAAUUAUGAAGCUUCUUUCAUUCCAAUUAUUUUUGGCGGUAAGAUGUGGAUUGGCUGUUAGAGGCUGAAUGAAACAAUCUUUUUUUCAUAUACAUCUGACAUUAGUUUUUCAUUUUUUGAAGGCUCUUUUUUAUGAAUUCAGUUUCCAUUGAAUUGAAGACCACAUAGCCAUAAACAUGAAUAGUGGUGACUCUAUCUUGAUUGACUCUAUCAUUUUCAAUCACACACUCUGUGAUGGAUGGACCAACAGCACCGAAGGUGCCAUCUACCAACUGGGUAACACCAUUCUUUUUUUGGGCUAUAUGGGUGGUAGUGGAGCAUAUGGAGCCCUGUACAUCUUCAGCUUUUGGGCUCCCGCUUUCCUCUGUCUGGCUCUGUGGGGCUGGUUGACAGUGUGUGGCCUUGAUGUUUUCCUCUGGAACCUGCUGCUGAUGCUGCAGUGUUUGGCCCAGGUGUGUCAUCAGAUUUUUCGGCUGAUGCAGGACGGUUUAACUAAUGAGGAGCUUUCUGCGCUUUACACAGCGGUCUACCUGCCUCUGGAUGUACCUGUGCAGGUGUUUAAAGAGUUUAUGGCUGCCAGCGAGAACAAAGUGCUGUCUCUAGCAGCUGAGGAGACGUAUGCUGUCGAGGGGAAGACACCCAUUGAUCAGCUGUCUUUUCUUCUUUCUGGAAGGAUUAGAGUGUCCUUAGAAGGACAGUUUCUCCAUUAUAUCUUCCCUCACCAGUUUCUUGAUUCUCCAGAAUGGGAGUCUCUAAGACCUACAGAAGAGGGCAACUUCCAGGUGACACUGACUGCAGAGACGGACUGCCGUUACAUCUCUUGGCGCAGACGUCGGCUUUACCUUCUGCUGUCUAAGGAUCGUUACAUUGCCCGACUUUUCUCAGUCAUGCUCGGGAGUGACAUUGCUGACAAACUGUACUCGCUCAAUGACAAGCUGUUUGCCAAGAGUGGUGUGCGCCUUGAUAUCCGUCUGCCCAGUCUUUACCACGUCCUCGCCCCCUCACCACAGGGCAGUGAGGGUGGCAGUGCUAGUUCACCACCCAGGGGGAGCCAAGGAGAUGCUACAGCCAUACCGAUUGAUCCAGCCCCGUCUAACCAGGGCUUAGAAGCAAGAAAUGUCCAUCCGGACCAGGGAAAGAGCCCUGUACCCAAACCUCCACACCGGCUCUGGCCCUCAGACACAGAGAUGCCCUCUGGUGAGGAUUCAACCAGCUUGGUUCUGGAGGACUUUGCUGAUAUGACAGGCUCUCUAAUGGACUAUGGGAGUGAGAGAGAUUAUUUGAAGUAAAGGUUGGGGUGUUGACGCUAACACACUGGGACACUUCUUAAAUCACAAUAAGAUGUUAAUCCAGGAAGACUUCGAUUCCAAAGAGGAGGUGCCCCACUGGCCCCCACUGACACCCCAAAGCUGUAGGAAUGAUUCCUCCACCAAAAUCACCAGCGAAUCAGUUUCCCCUCAUACAAAUGAAGACAACAUUAACAUCGAACAGUAAAAAGAAUCUUUAAAUGCUUUUUUUUUUUUUUUUUUUUUUUGGACGUUGACAGGACAAAAGAUCAAACCUCCCAAAACAGAUACUGUUAUAUAUAUAUAUAUAUAUAUAUAUAUAUAUAUAUAUGAUUCCACAUUGCACAUAAAAUGACUGUUUUAUUUUUAUUUGUACUGGCAUGUACAUUGUACUUAAAUCUGUUUGGAAUACAUGAGACAGGAAACAAAAUUUUCAAACACAAAUGAAUUUCAACAGUACUUCAGAGUUAUAUUAGAUAGAUAAUGAGAUUUAUUACAAAAGUGUGUGCUUUAUCAUAAUAGGAUGUUAGUAAAUGCUUCAGCAUCAUCUUCUGAGACUGUACAAUGACCAUUUGAUGAAAACAAUAUUUCAUGGGGCCAAUUGUUAAGUGAUGGGUUCAAAAUGUGACUUAUCACUAAUGGUUAAUGAACAGAGUUGAUUUUUAAUAUCAAGAAUGCAGUAUGCAGUUAGAGAUGCUAAUCAAAGUGGCAAAAUAAUGAAAUGUACAUUGAGUGUUGCACCACUCCAAACAUUUUAAUCAUUUGAAGUGAACCAGCACUUUCAACACACAUAUUAACACAUGAAAGAACUACUGAGUGUUGAAUGACUGACUUGAUUCCUCUUGGCUGAUAUUUCACUAACACUCUCUGCAACAGUGCACAAAAAUCAUAUUGUAUAUUAUAUAAGGGCUAAAGCAUAAUAAAUAUAUCUAACAGAGUUUAAGCAUUUCACUCCCCUUGUAUCCUAUUUAUGUCUUUGUCGCCAAGGUUUAUUUGCCUCCCGACCCAAGUUUUAGUGUGUGACCUUUGCUUGAGUCUCACUAAUUAAAGACUUAUGUAUAAGCU